AGAGAGAGAGAGAGAGAGAGAGAGAGAGAGCAACAAAAACAAAACGGAUCCAGAAAUCUUUUCUUCUUUUUGACUAGCAUUUUCCGAAACCAUCCCUUCUCCAGCAACGUCAAUUACGAGUGAUCAUCGUGCCAGCCAAGAAGUUUUACUGUACAAUCUAUAUUGGUUUGUUGAAACGUCAUGACAGAUGAAAAGACUAUUCCAAUAAUUAAUGGAAAACCAGAAGAUGCAAUGGACCCAGAAGCUUCCAACACCAAUUUAGUCCGCAGUAAUGACAAAAAAGUAAAUGAAAGAGGCCAUUGGAAUAACAAGGUUGAAUUUGUGCUCUCUGUGGCUGGAGAAAUCAUUGGACUGGGGAACGUGUGGAGAUUCCCUUACCUUUGCUAUAAGAACGGAGGGGGUGCUUUCCUAAUUCCAUAUGUGAUAUUCUUCAUCUGUUGUGGAAUUCCUGUGUUUUUCUUGGAGACUGCAUUGGGGCAGUUUACAAGUGAAGGAGGCAUUACGUGUUGGAGGAAAGUGUGCCCACUUUUUGAAGGUAUUGGAUAUGCCACCCAAAUCAUCUGCGCUCAUUUAAAUGUGUAUUAUAUCAUUAUCUUGGCAUGGGCUAUCUUUUACCUAUUUAACUGCUUUACAACUGAUCUACCUUGGGCAACUUGUGGACAUGAGUGGAAUACAGACAAUUGUGUGGAAUUUCAGAGGGCAAACUCAACUAACUGCACAUAUGCCAAUGCAACCUCUCCAGUUAUUGAGUUUUGGGAACGAAGAGUUCUGGGCAUAUCGAGUGGAAUUGAACACAUUGGGGGAUUACGAUGGGAAUUGGCUGGGUGCCUUCUCUUAGCUUGGAUCAUAUGCUAUUUUUGCAUAUGGAAGGGCCCAAAAUCUACUGGAAAGGUUGUGUAUGUGACUGCCACAUUCCCUUAUGUCAUGCUGAUGAUCUUACUGAUUCGAGGGGUUACUUUACCUGGAGCUGCAGAAGGAAUAAAGUUCUACCUGUAUCCAGAUCUCUCACGCCUCUCAGACCCACAGGUUUGGGUGGAUGCAGGAACACAGAUCUUCUUCUCCUAUGCUAUCUGUCUUGGUUGCCUGACUGCUUUGGGAAGUUAUAACAGCUAUAACAAUAACUGCUACAGGGAUUGUGUUAUGCUGUGCUGUCUAAACAGUGGCACUAGUUUUGUUGCUGGCUUUGCCAUUUUCUCAGUCUUGGGAUUUAUGGCUUUUGAACAGAAUGUUCCCAUAGAGGCAGUAGCAGAAUCGGGUCCUGGGUUGGCGUUCAUUGCUUAUCCAAAAGCUGUCACUAUGAUGCCUUUGUCACCCUUAUGGGCGGGAUUGUUCUUCAUGAUGCUCAUCUUCCUUGGGUUAGAUAGCCAGUUUGUCUGUGUUGAAAGUUUAGUGACUGCAGUAAUGGAUAUGUAUCCAAAGACUUUCAGAAGAGGUUACAGACGGGAGCUCCUGAUUCUUGCACUUUCAGUAUUCUCCUACUUCAUUGGGCUCAUAAUGUUGACAGAGGGUGGGAUGUAUGUUUUCCAGUUAUUUGACUCCUAUGCAGCCAGUGGAAUGUGUCUCCUGUUUGUGGCAAUUUUUGAGUCAAUCUGUAUAGGGUGGGUUUAUGGCAGUGAUAGAUUCUACAACAAUAUUGAAGAUAUGAUUGGGUACAGGCCAUUAAAAUUGAUCAAAUUCUGCUGGAUGUUUCUAACCCCAGGCAUCUGUAUAAGCAUCUUCCUGUUUUACUUGAUAAAGUAUAAGCCCCUGAAAUAUAAUAACGUCUAUGUUUAUCCUGAUUGGGGGAAUGGAAUAGGCUGGAUGAUGGCUCUUUCAUCCAUGAUUUGCAUUCCGGUGGGGCUUUUAAUUCAAAUAUUGCGAACCGAAGGAACCUUUUCAGAGAGAAUGACAAAGCUGACCACAGCCGAUCCAGAUCUGAAGAUGCAAGGCAAGCUAGGUGGGAGCCCGUUGUCCUAUACAGUUAAUGACUGUGAUGCCAAACUCAAAGGAGAAGGAAACAUCUCAGCAAUCACGGAAAAAGAAACACACUUUUAAGCAAAAAAAAAAAAAAAAAAAAAAAAGAAAAAGGGAAAGAAAUAAAAAAAAACUUUGUUGUUUUGUAAAAAAAAAAAAAAAAAAAAAAAUCCAUUUAAUUAUAGAAUCGCUUGUUUUGCACAAACUGUUAACAAGUUCAUUUUUUAAGUAUGCAUUAUAAUUAAGAUGACUUUUAUUAAUUGUAAGAGUAACCAACUAUAAACUGUACUUGAGAUUAAGUGAUUUCUUGUAAUAUUGUAACACUAGUAAAUGUUUACUGUUAGAAUGAUGCCAAUGUAUAAUGUGCUGUAAAACUUUUAUCUUUGGAACAAUUCUGGAAAAGUGUUUGUAGAGACGUGUUUCUAAUUGUAGAUAUCUUAAGACCAUUCCAAAUAUGAAUGUAUGUCUAUGGGGUGAGAGGGAGCUUCCUGUCUACUUUGCUGUAGGCGGGUUUCUAAAAUGAUAGUUUAAUCCCAGGGUACUUUUAUUGUUCCUGAUGUUUUAACUAUCUGUCGAAAUGAAGCACUCUGUUUUCACUGUUUGCUAUUAACUCGCAGGGCGAGUUUGGAGAGUACUAUUUUUCCUAGCUAUUUUAUAAGACUGCUGACUCAGAACUCAUAACACAUGAUUAAACCGAGUUUAAUCAAAGUUGACUGAUAUAUAUCCAGUUUUGGUUUCUGUAUGAUAUUUCAAGAGACAAUGAUUGUGUUUACGUACUUUAUAGCACUACUAGUCUUAGCUUGUCUACUUGAUUUUAUUCAGGGGGAGAUUUAGUUUGCUCAUCCUUGCUCUUUUGCAUCAGGAUAGCGUGGCUCAUGUUGAGGUAACAGCACCAAGCACUUAACACAGUUAUGUUUAGAUGUGUAACAAAAGCUGGCAGCUUUGAAGGGUACCCUAAGAACAGCCAUAGCUUUUCCACUGCUGCUACAGUAUGAUGAAUUUACUAGGAACUCUGUACACAUACAUAGCCCUUUGGCAUGGUCUACAUCGUCAUGUAUUAUUGCUAAUGCUUGUGCUUGUACAUUUGCACAUCUAAUACCCGUUUAACAAUUUCACUUCUACUUAAGUUUUUUUUUUUUUUUUUUAAGUUUACUUCUAGUGUUUGUGUACCUAUUUCUGAGAUUAAAAAAAUCAUGUUUCACUGAAGACUUUUGAUAUAUACGGUAGUGCUUUUGAAGUUUUAGCAGUAUAUUGAGAAGUUUGUACUGUAUGUAUUGUUUUACACACAGAUUUUGGUAUUCACAGGGCACAAGAUUCUAUUGUCUGUUUAAUCGUUUUUAAAAAUAAAGAAUAAAACGUAA